AUGCGAGUAGCUGAAAACCCGCCUGCCGCAGACGAUGAAGGCUCUUCCAAGGAGCCUUCCAUGACCACAACGACCCUCGCCCCGAUGAAGCUCAACCAUCUGAGCUUCCCGUCCCACGACCCCGCGCAGACCGCGGCCUUCUUCGUGAAGUACCUGGGCUUCCACGCGUCGCCGGGCGGCAGCUUCUUCAUCCUGAAGCGCCCCGGUUUCGACGUCGUCAUCGAGAACGGCAGCGGCAUCGCGCCCGACUGGCCGCAGACCUUCCACGUCGGCUUCGAGCUGCCCACGCGCGCCGACGUCGAGGCGCUGUACGGACUGAUGCACGCGGACGGUGUGCCGAUGGAGACCCCCGUCAUCUCCCACGAGCGCGGCUCGCGCUUCUUCUGCCGCGCGCCCGGUGGCGUCAUGUUCGAGCUGAACACGCGGGAUGACGCUGCGCCGGCCUACCGGGGCACGUUCGACUAA